CCUCAGCCAUCUGUCAUUCAGACAUUGUUUUGUCGUAGAAAUUAUUUUUUCUCUAACUAAAAGUGUUUUACAUUUUUGCAGUAUCAGAAUCUAUCUGACGAUUAAUUUUUUUGUUAAUUUGUGAUUCCGACUUAGAAAGAGGAUUCGAUCGAUAAUUGGUAGCACGGAACAUUUGAAACUGAUUUCUGUUAUUGGACUAUACUUCAAAUAAUGGGAUCUAUUGCAUUAUGACAAUAGACCGAACAGACAAUAAAUUUGCUCGCUUCGCAGCUUCAUCAUGAGCUCACGUCACGCUCUUUACACUGUUGAGGUGGGCGACACCAAAUUUACAAUACUUAAGAGAUAUCAAAAUUUGAAACCAAUUGGUUCAGGUGCACAAGGAAUCGUUUGUAAACGUAGCUUUGUUUGCUGAUUGUGUAGUUGUGCUUUGUACAAUCAAUUCACUCAUCGACAUACCGAUUUAUCCGUACUCAGAAAUUCAUAGAAUUGAGGGACUCAAAAAAGAAAGAGAGAGAAAGCGCUUCAACGUACAGUAUUCUUAUGUUGUACAGUUACAUUGACUGAGCGCAACUGUAAAUUUUGUUAAAUUGACGAAGGAAAAGAUUCGUAAAUCAAUCGAUUAAGGACUCCUCAGACAUAAUGAAUGUCUAUCAAUUUCGUGAUAUUGAAUUUGAGGUGCCGUCUCGGUAUGUAGAGCUAAGCGCUAGAGGGUAUGGCGCACAGGGUACGGUUUGCGCUGCAUACGACACAGUUUCGAAACAGAAUGUGGCCAUUAAAAAGCUGUCUAGACCAUUUCAAAAUGUUACACAUGCUAAGCGAGCCUACAGGGAGUUCAAACUUAUGAAAUUAGUCAAUCACAAAAAUAUCAUUGGUUUACUAAAUGCUUUCACGCCUCAACGCACAUUAGAAGAAUUUCAAGAUGUUUAUCUGGUCAUGGAACUUAUGGAUGCCAACCUAUGUCAGGUCAUACAAAUGGAUUUGGACCAUGAACGAAUGUCAUAUUUAUUGUAUCAAAUGUUGUGCGGGAUAAAGCAUCUCCAUUCGGCUGGAAUAAUCCACAGGGACUUAAAACCAUCCAAUAUUGUUGUGAAAUCCGAUUGCACAUUGAAAAUAUUGGACUUCGGUUUGGCUCGUACAGCCGGCACGACCUUCAUGAUGACACCGUAUGUGGUAACAAGAUACUAUCGAGCACCGGAAGUCAUACUCGGAAUGGGAUAUAAAGAAAAUGUUGACAUAUGGUCUGUAGGUUGUAUAAUGGGUGAAAUGAUUCGAGGUGGUGUUCUGUUCCCCGGUACCGAUCACAUUGACCAGUGGAACAAAAUUAUAGAACAAUUGGGAACACCAUCCUCAUCAUUUAUGGCUAGAUUACAGCCAACUGUAAGAAACUAUGUAGAAAACCGACCCAGAUAUGCAGGCUAUGCCUUUGAUCGAUUAUUCCCAGACGUACUGUUUCCAAGUGAUUCAAGUGAACACAGUCGUUUAAAGGCUAGCCAGGCAAGAGAUUUACUUAGCCGAAUGCUUGUUGUAGAUCCAGAACAUAGAAUUUCUGUUGACCAAGCACUGGUACAUAGUUAUAUACAUGUAUGGUAUGAUGAAAGUGAAGUGAAUGCGGUGAGUAUGAAAAGUUUGGUUAGUACGUCAGUUAAGAAUUUAGGGGCUAACAACAGAACUCCGGCACCCGGUCCAUACGAUCACAGUGUCGACGAACGUGAACAUACGGUCGAACAAUGGAAGGAACUGAUCUAUCAGGAAGUUAUGGAAUAUGAGGCGCGCAGCAAUAAUGUCGAGCCAGUUGACGGCAAUUCACGGUAGAGCAUAGCUUUAACUAAUGGAAGAAAAAAAAUUCUGAGAGAAAAAUAAUUUCUUUUCUGAGUGAGAGAAUUUAAAGAGAGAGUGAGAUAGGGAUGGAUAACAAAAUGAUUGAUUGAUUGGUAUAAAUAACGGAAGUGAAAUUUGGUGCAAGGAUUGAAUUUUGCGUGGACAUGGACAAAGAAACAUUUGAGUCAAAUAAUUUUGAGUUUCUCUCUGUCCGUAAUAAAAUGGUGGGACUCGUGUAACAAGAAAUACAAAAAAUAUUUUGCUGUUAUGUAAAUAUUGGUAGAAAUUUGUUUUUUUAAUUUAUAAAAUCCAGAAAUUAAUUGAGAAAUGGAAGAAAAAACUUUUUUUGUCUGAGACUUUGUGUCUUCAUAUCGGUUCAAAAUUUUUCGAGAUUAAAUUUUCGUUCCAUGUCUGGAAUCUAGAAAUAUGUUUUUGAUGCGUUGAAUUACAAACCAAAUUUUCAUCUUAAUUCAACGAACAUUUUUCCAUUAUGUAAAACGUAAACAAAAAACAAAAAUUGUAGUUGUAUGUUAACCGACUGAGAAAUUACGAAAAAAAAAAAAACAAAAACAAAAAAAGUUCAUUGUAAAUCGAUGUAUAAAAUAAUUGUAUGUGAUAUGGCAAACAAACAUCAGUCGUAUAAUUAAAUGGGGUUUCAUGUAAAAAAAAGACAGAAAGAAGAUGAAUAAAAAAAAAUCAUUUUUCGAACAACAAUCGAAAAAUUUACUCAGUUUUAUAUUCGUUCCAACGGACACACUUUAGGUAGUUCAAGUGAAAAUUUCUAGUUUGACCAUUCUAGUUUAUCAUAACAAACAAUUUAUUGAAUUUUACAAUAUAACAGAAACUUCUAGCUGGGAUUGUCACGUCAGGGUUGUGUUUAACAUUUUUUAAACGAUUCAAUCUAGUACUUCUAUUGUUCAAAGUAUCGCGUAGUGUUUGAUACCGAAUCUUGUACUUCACUAGUUUUGCUAUACAAGUUUUGCUGUAUAAGAGAACACCAACCAGAGAUCAUCUCGAUUUAUUUUGGUGAUCGGUGUCGAUAACAGAUGAUUGACUAAAAGUUCCAAAUAUCUGAAUCAAUUUGUCAGAAUCGAAACGCUUACGGUGAACUAUGCGAUGAUAUCCGUUUUCUUGGUAAAAAUGUCAGUCACUUUAUCUCCUAUCUGUGAAAAAAUCUGCGCUGAUUCACGGCUGUUAGUUAUCAACUUUUAAAAAAAAAUCAUUCGGAACUUCACAAGACGUGAUAUCAGUGAGGGUUUCGACGAAAGUUUCGUUGAUAUUUUUUGUGAACAUUAAUGAACAUUUUGUCACAUUUUCUCCUCAUAAAGGCAUAAUUCCAAUAAGUAGGGUAAUUAGGCUAGUUACAGGCUAGUUGACAGGCACUCUCACGAUCACUGAAAAGGAAAUCGAGUCAUAUAAUACGUGUUUCAGAGAGAUGAGAUAAAACCAGGGGCUCGUAACAUAAACUUUAUCACCAAGAACGAAGCGAUGAUUUUGCGUCAAAUCACCGUUGUUUCUCUGGAGAUUCAUCAGCGAUUUACCGUAGAUUUCCCAGCGAUUCUACUGCUUCCGAUAUCCAUCGGUGGUUCAUAGUUGAUUCAUCGGUGAUUCACCUAUUAUUUAUCACCGAUUCACCAAAGAUUCAUCGGCGAUUCACCGAGGAUUCAUCUGAGAUUUACCGAAGAUUCAUCGGCGAUUCACCGAAGAUUCAUCGUAGAUUCGAAGACUCUUCGGCGAUUCUUUAAAGACUCAUCGGCGAUUCACCGAAGAUUCAUGAGCGAUUCACCGGAAGAUUCAUUGGCGAUUCACCAAAGUUUCAUCGACGAUUCACGAAAGAUUCAUUGACGAUUCACCAAAGAUUCAUCGAUGAUUCACCAAAGAUUCAUCGAUGAUUCACCAAAGAUUCAUCGAUGAUUCACCAAAUAUUCAUCGAUGAUUCACCGGGAUAUUGAAACUGUGCACACACAGAUAACGAGAUCCUCGUAACUUCCCCAUUUAUCCCAUCAAUCUAUGUUUCCCAUCAUUGCCUUCAAUUAUUUUCCCAUUAUAGCUGUAAAUAAUGAGCAAAGCCAACACUGAUGUCGUUAAAAAUCCCUCGAAUAAACGUUUCUGUGAUUCACGUAAAUUUUUUCAAAUUUUCAAGUAUAUUUCCCACUCCUAACUCAAAAACAAAACAAACAAAAAUUCCACUUCUGCUUGGCUUUAACAAUAUGGGGGCGCGCAUUUUUCCAAUAAAGUAAAGAAACAAAUUUAAUUAAAAAUGAAAAAAAAAAUAUUGGACAAUAAGUCACAUUCAAGUAAAGAUUAAAAAA